ACGUUUACCGUAGCAGAGCAGUCGGAACAGUCAGCUCUCAGCAGCUCUCAGUCAGCUCUGGUCACUCGGUGUGAGUAGACGUGUUGCACUCUUCGUAAGAGCUGCUGAAGUGUGAACGUGCUGAAUUUCCUUAAUCAGCCAACAAGUCUUUUUUACCGUAUGAGACGUAGUGUUAACAGGACUAAUUUCGGUUUAUUUUCAUAUACUCUCUCGUUUCAUAACGCGCUAUAGUGAAGUGUCAGCGAUAUAUUAGCUCUAAAAUCUCGUGAAGUGCGGACGUCCCAUGCUUUUUGAAGUACCACGUUUUUAAUGCUUAGUAUUAAUUUUGGAUGAUAUUCCGGACGAGGUUGGAUAUUAUGAAAAAGAUGGAUCUUAAAUUUAUAAAUUUUGACGGGUUAACCGAAAUAGAAAUACUUAAUAUAAAGAAUAUUUUACAUCAUGACAGUAAGGAUGUCAUAGAAAAUAAAAGCGAUAUAAAUUCUGUUCAAAGAACAGAAAUUCCAGUGGAAAUACAAAAUAAUACAAAUGUUUGGUACAAUAUGGUGACACCAUUUGUAAUUACGAAUAGUAGCGCAUGCAACGAAUGGCAGUCUUCGACAAUGUACAGUGUUCCUACCAAUGGACACAUGCAGCACGGAUAUGUGCAGGGAAUUUUUCCUGCAUCCGAAUAUCACUUCCAAAAUCUCCCUCCGGAAGUACAUCACGAUGCAAAUUACUGCAAAGACAACGGCAGACGAAAUGGCCGAGUAAAAGGUUCAAGGAAGGACAAUUACAAUUAUACAUUUAAUCACGCCAACAAGGUGCAAGGUGGAUACGUAAGUGACGAGAGAUAUCAACAUUCGAUGCCACUGUACAUACCUGUUUACCCUGAACAUCACACUGUGCCUCCGCAACAGCAUCCAGUAUCUGGACAAAUCUAUUAUGUACCGCCAAUGUACUCACAUCCGUAUACUAUACAUCCAUCCUAUUCGGGGCACAAUCCGACGCAUCAUCCGGCACAUCAACCAGACAGUAGAUUUGUGCCACAAUCACAUCCAGUGCUGCCGAUUCAAGAUUCAAAUCCACCAACUACGAAGCCAUUAGCCACUUCUAUACAACAAAGUACGUCUACGUCUGCUAAAUCAGCGGGUGAACAGGUCAAUGAGAAUGAUAAAACUGCGGAUUCCAAUGUUAAUAAUGACAAUGACAAUAUGCUGUCAGUUAAAAACACGCCAAAGGACAACGUUAAAUCGACUCUAAAUAAGAACUGCAAGGUUAAAGAGAACGUAGUUACGGAUAUAAGUAUUUCAGUUAACGUCGAAGUAAAGCAAAAUGGGGAGACUGAAAAUAAGGAUGAGAAUGAAGUAUCUACUGUUUCGACAAAAACCGUUAUAUCCGAAAUGGUCGUCGACAAGGCGAGCGAAGGUGAAGUUAAAAUUGAAGGAAACGUUACACCAAAAGAUGAUAAAGCUGAGAAUGUUAUUGAGCAGUCGAAUGACUCCUCAGCCGUGUCAAAUGUCACACCGUCUGCACCUGUACCUGUUGUUCUGACAACCUCAACUAAACGAACUUGGGCGAGUCUUUUCAACAAUAUUGAGCCAAAAGUGUCUUCCCUCCCUCAGAUGACAACACACAAUGCAAUCCCAAUGCAGAAUGGUGUAUUGAAAGCGACUGAAAAGGAAUCAACAGUUGCUGAUCCUGCAACUACACAUCAAAACGCUUCAUCUAAUAGUUCAUUUGAAUGCAAGGCUCUCCAAAAUGGUGAAUUGGAAGGCUUUUAUGAUGAUCCUAAUCUGUUUAGGAUGGGAGAAUUUCUAUUAGAAUAUCAGAUGGACAUGCAGACUGUUAGUUUAGUACCACGAGGCUUAACAAAUCGCAACAAUUAUUGCUACAUUAACAGUAUAUUACAAGCAUUACUGUCUUGUUCGCUGUUUUACAAUCUCUUCAAAGCAAUGCCUCACCCCAAGAAUUAUAACAAGCACAAUAAGCAUUCUACUAUACCAUCAAUCAACAGUUUGGUAAGAUUUAUUCAUGAAUUCAGCCUCUUGCCGGAUAAAUCUCGUUUGUCCCGAAAAACCAGAGUUGAUAAAAAAGAUGACAUCACUAUCGAGAACGGCAUUGCUUUGGAACCUUCCUACAUGUAUACGAUGUUAAAAUACACUUCUUCUGCCGGUGUCUUUCCCGUGGAAGGACGACAGGAAGAUGCAGAAGAGUUUUUAUCAUGUCUCUUAAAUGCUAUCAACGACGAGAUGCUCGAUUUGAUGAAAUUAGCUAAGAAUGAGAACAAUGACAUCGAUACGGAGAAAAAUGAUGGGAAGGAAGAGGAAUGGAGGGUAAUAGGACCAAAAAAUAAAGGUUCUAUUACCAGAUCUACGGAAUUAGAACGGACUCCAUUGUCAGAUAUAUUCCGAGGAAAAUUACGGUCGAGAGUAUCACGUCCUGGAGAACAACCGUCCGAUAACGUACAACCGUUUUUUACUUUACAACUUGAUAUUGAGAAAGCUGACUCUGUGAAACAAGCCCUUGAUAUUCUUGUGAGCAAGGACAGAUUAGAAGGUAUGACUUGCUCUAAAACGAAAAAACAAAUCGAGGCUUGGAAGCAGGUAACGCUGGAAGAGUUACCUGCUGUUUUAAUACUGCAUUUAAAAUGGUUUGUGUACAAAUAUAACGGAUGUUCCAAACUAAUUAAAGCAGUAGAAUUUCCGAUUGACCUUAAAAUUGACAACAAAUUCCUAUCGGCAAAUACAAGAAAGUUGUUGCCGAAACAAAAACAAUAUAAAUUAUUUGCGGUGACCUAUCACGACGGAAAGGAAGCAACGAAAGGUCAUUAUGUGACAGACUGUUUCCACGUCGGUUAUGGAACUUGGGUGAGAUAUGACGAUACCUCCGCAAAAGCAAUAUCCGAAGAUAUUGUUUUGAAUCCAGUACCUCCCCGAGUACCUUAUCUAUUGUAUUAUCGCCGAUGUGAUACAAUAGGUAAUAAUACUCAUAGUAAAUAAUCUUAUUAUAGGAAAUUCUUGUUGUUAUUUCUAUAAAAAAAAUACAAAAAAUUUGUUGUCCAUUAAAAAUAAAAAAAGAGAAUAUUUCUGUUUAAUUUACCGUCUUUCCACAAUAUAUUUCUACGGAGGUUGUUACUAAAAGACUAUACACAGUUUUCUCGAAUUGUAAAUUCGGUAUAGAGCAGAGCACGGCACGCGUUGCACAUUUCGAUUGCAAACUUUCGACUCUUAUUCCGUCUAACGUUAUUCCACUUAUCUCAUUGGCCGACGCGCAAUCUACGACCCCUCGAGAUUUGGGAGCGUAUAUAACUUGUAAACAUGUAUUAGCUUUUCAUUAUUAAAAACAUAUUUAUAAGUCACACAAAUCUCCCAAAUCUCAAGCGGCUCGUAGGUUACGCACUGAGUGAUAAGGUGAGCAGAAUAAUGCUAGAUAGCAAGUCAAAAAUCUACAAUCGAAAUAUGCAACGCGUCCCGAGUUUUGGCAUAGACAGUUAAGGCUAUAAUAGUGUUCUAAUUUAGAUUCAUGUUUUUAGUGGAUCUAAACACGUUAUGUAUUAUAUAACUUUAUAUGUUACAAUUUAUAAAGUACUAAAAGAGACUACUGUGUAAGCGAAUAUAUAUAUAUAUAAGCGAGUGUAUAUAAUAUAUGUAUAUAUAUGCACAUAUAUAUUAUUUCUAAAUAUGAUUAUUAAAGUAAAAGUACCAAUGUCUGAAUAUGCGUACUUAAUCCUGAACAUUGUUAUUGUUUUCGUUCUUAAUACAAAUAUCUAAACUAUUUGUAUUUAAAGACCAAAAUAAUGAGAAUGUCCAGAGUUAAUGUAAUUAGUACUUUUACCUUUUAUAUCAUGAAUUAUUAGUUUCCUAAAUACUCCGAGGAAACUAGCAAAAAUGUGAUAGGUUUGGACAGACGCGCUUAUACGAGAUCGUAUGUAUAGAAUUUAGAGAAAUGUAAACGCGAUUAUAUACGUAAACUCACGAGAGACGUGAGCUCUAGAUUAUUUUUUUAUAUGAUCAUUCUGUACAGUGGAAUAUUUAAUUCCAUUCUUGCCAGUUAUUUUUCCAAUAUACGCGUUACCAUUUUUAUAGCAUUUUCACAAAUCAUGUGUAUAUAAUAAAUCAUAUACAUAUAUUCUAUUUGACUGGAUCUUAACAUAGAUCUCUUUCUCAUUAAGCAUCUGUAAAACAUUUCAAUAUGUGAAAAAUACUGGCAAGAUGAAGCAUUGAAAGACUUUAUCAUAAAUAAAUUUUAUGUAAGAUUA